GGAUGAUAAUUUAUCUACAUAUUUAUGUUUUUGAAAUAUUUUGAAUCUUUUGAAUUAUUGAGAUUAGCAACUUUAUAAUAACCACAUAAUGGCCUCUGCUAUGGAACAGCAGCAGCAACAACAACAACAACAACAACAACAACAACAACAACAACAACAACAACAACAACAACAAACUACCUUAGAAUUUUAUCAAGCAAUGGCUGAUUUUAAAAACAUGUUUCCACAAAUGGAUGAUGAUGUGAUUGAGGCUGUAUUAAGAUCUAAUCAAGGAGCUGUAGAUACAACAAUUGAUCAGUUACUUACUAUGAGUACAGAUAAUGAAAAUGAAAAAAUUAGGAGUGAAUUAGAGCAAAAUGAAAAAUCACCAAGUACUUCUAAGUCAUACAAAAUAGAUUCAACAAUAUCUUCAAAAAGUAUACGUAAGUGGCAACCUGCUUUAUUAGGACCAUUACCAGAUACAUUUCUUCGACUUCCUCAAGUUUCUGAAGAUAGUUUAGAUUCCUCUUACUUACAAGAAAAUUCAAUGAUAGAAGAUGAAAGAAUUGCUAUGUUUCUUCAAAAUGAAGAAUUUAUGGCUGAAUUACGUUGGAAUGAAGACUUUUUAUCAACUUUAGAAAAUGAUACAAAAAUUCAAGGAACAACUCUUGAGAAAUGUGACAGUCAAAUUGGUCAUGAUGAUGAAGAUCUUUUUAAAGAAAGACUAAAAAAUAUGGGCAAAAUGUCUCGACGUAAGUUUGCACAACUUACUAAAGUAUUUACACGCAGUAAAAAACGAGGAGGUAGACAGUUAUUACCUCCAACAGCUUCCUGUGACGACUUAUUAGAUUCAGAAGAAUCAUCUAGAUUUCAAUCUUAGAAAUUAGAACAGUUUUCUUAAUUUGUCAGGAAAAACAAUUACAAACAAUUCCAAUUGAUACUACAGUAAUUUAUCCAGUUCAAAAACAAAAAAGAAGCAUAUCCUUAUUAGUAUUAAUAAUUGAAUGGAAAAUUAUAAAAAAGAUUUAGAUAAUAAUAGUUUUAUUAUUGUGGAUUAUAUAUUUAAAUUAGAACUCAA